AUGAAGCUGUUCAGCGCCAUCCCUUGGGCCUUGCUGCUCAGCACAGCCACACUGGUUUCAGCAGAAUCGGAUGAAGACACUAGGAAAUGUGGGGGCGUCCGCAGAAGCCUCUCCGGGAGGAUCUCCAGCGCCUUCUCAUGGCAGCCAAAGUGCACCUGGACCAUCCAGAUGAAGAGCGGUUAUCAAAUUAUACUGACAAUUCCAUUUCUCAGACUCAACUGUAAUGAAGAGGAUGUGGAAAUCAUAGACGGGCUGCCAGACAGUACUACAUUUGGGAAGUUCUGUUCCGGGGCACGCCUGGUAUUUCGUUCUUCUUCCAAUAUCAUGACCGUGAAGUACUACAGAAAUUCCAACCAGCCAGUAUCUUCUUUUGAUAUAUUUUACUACGGGCGUCCCUCAGCAUUCUGCAUCUGA